CGGAAGAGACGAAUGAGGAAACUAGACUCCACGUCACUGAGGUGUAAUCAUAUCGGCGUCAGUGCAACACAAGGUGCUACCUCAGUACGAUUUCAGAACCACUGUACACUUCCAGCUGUCCUCACAUAGGACCGGAUAACUCGUAUGACCGCAAAGCGAAGAUAUAGUCAGCUGUUUGUGCAUAGAGCGGCGUCGGUAGAGACACUGGGAAUCCGCUGAAGAGUGCCCCGCUGCCUUAGCUUCUAGAUGGGGGAAUCCGGCUCACGCCGCUCUACACUUGUUUCCCGCCUGCCAAUCUUCCGCCGCAGCAGCAGUAAGAGGCAGGAGUCUCUUCCCUCCUCUCCGUCUUCGGGGGGGCAGGGCAAUGGCGUCCACACCUCUUCGCCCUCCAGCACCAACUCCAGUUCUGGCAGUACCGGGAAACGUCGGAGCCUUUUCAGAACUCCAUCUCUCAAUUUCUCAGCUAAACGGAAUAGUGUUCCUCGUGUCCAGCCUAUCAACCUAAACCUCACCCCCCCGCUGACACAGAGCACUGACACAAACGGAAAUAACCAGCAGGCGAUAACAACGUCAUUGUCAACAGGGUUCAGUGAAGGCGGUGGACGCCCCAAGUCACGCCACUCGUUUGGGUUUGGCAGCCACAAGCAAAAGAAAAUCCCACGCUCUCAGACCGAGGAUUUUGAGAAAGUGUCCUCCUCCUCCUCCUCCACAGCCAAUCGAAACGUAUUCAUUAACUGCAUCAGUGGCUCAGGGGCCAAUGAGGGUGACGACUCUGGGUUCCUCGAUGACUACAGCGGUGGCAGUAAUAACAAACGGUCGUCGCGGAAGAAACAGCUGCUGCCCAAAUCGUUCUCAGCUCACCACCGCUUCUCCCGGACCUCCGAUCACCACAGACCUCCAGAAGUGAAUCUGGAACCGCCGAGCUCCACCACCAUCGCUCCAGGGGCAGGUGGGCUCACCCCGGGGUCGUGGCCAGGGGAGCUGCUUUGCGCUGGAGGGGAGAGCUCACUCCAGUCCCCGAUGAUAUCAGAGGACCGAACCACAGCCAUCACCCCUUCAGAGUUCAUCCCCAUCACGGAGGAUUCUGUGUCCGAGGUGGAUGCUCUGCCAGCUCCCAGCCCCGGAUCUGGUCUAGCCCCAGAAUCUGCCUCUGUGCCUGGGCCGGCUGUUGACACGGCUCCACCUGAACCCCCACCUGCUCCAGAGAACUUCAGCGUGGCUGUCUCUAACUCCCAGUCCUCUUCUCAGGUUUUCUUCACUCCAGCCCAGUCCAGCGCUGAAAAACCUUUACUCCCUGAAACCAGCACAGCAAACAACACAGACUAUGAGACCGCCAUUUCCCUCUCAGAGCCUGAGACAGCAGUUCCCUGCCUACCCCUGCAGGAACAAUCACUGGAAGAGAGGAAGGAGAGGUUGGAGGAGAGACAGGAAGCGAGGGAUGAGUUGUCAGCAGAGGAGAAGGAGUUGGUGGAGGAGAGGAAGGCAGGUUACCACACAGAGACCACAAGUGAGAGUGAGGCAUGUGUGGUACGCAGCGAGGGUUGUCACUCCAACCCAGAGCAAUCGGAAAGAAGGGCAAGAAACAUACGCUCUAUUCAAGAAAGAGGAAGUUUCUGUGGCUGCCACGAACCAAGGUCCUCUCACUUGAGGAAACCACAUGCAGCCUCUCUGUGUAGCAGCGUCAGCCCCUAUCAUGAGGUGAUGCGGAUGGAAAGGCGUCUUCGCUCCUCAUCUGAGGGGGCUGGUGGGCCUCGUAUCCAUGGAAACCACAGAGAUGCCCCAGGCAUGGAGGGAUGUGGUCUGCUCAAACACAGAAACAACUCCUCGUCAUCCAAACUGGGAAGUCUGGAUGUUUUAAACAACCUGGGUUCAUCAGAGCUGGAUGAAGAUGAUCUUAUGUUAGACCUGGACCUUUCUGAUGAUCAACGACAUCGACAUGUGUCCAGAGAAGACUCCAGCCAGUCCCUGGCUUCCUGUCUCAACCUGCUCCCCUCACCCAUUGACCAAUCAGGAGAUCGCAUCCCAGGGAGGGAAAACAAUCAGAGGGAGCCCAGCCGUCCGACCAGCCUGCUGCCUGCUGACUGGAGCUCGGUGCUGGGUUUGGGGAGGGAAGAUGAGCCCUUACCUCCAGGGCUGGAGACCCUUCCAUUUCGACUGAUGCAGCAGGACUGCACUGCUGUCAAAACCCUGCUUUUAAGACUGAGACGAACACUGCAGGAGAGCACAGAGACAAGUCCUGCCAGCAGCCUCCAGUCUCUACCCAUUAGCCCCUGCAGUGAAAAGUCCCUUCCAUUUAAGGAUCCUGGCAGAGAGGAGGCCUUGUUGCAACAACUGAGAGAGAAAGACGAACAGAUUCUCAGACUCCACAGUGAACUGGAGAGUGCCAAAGCUGCCCUGAAGAUGAAAGACUGCCAAAUGACUGACCGCACAACACAGACAGAACACACGGGGCCAGAGACCAGUCAUCCAGGCCGGUGGUCAGGACUAGGCAGCAGCAGCAGCAGCCUGGCUUCAAGGGACCGAAGGGUAGUGCGGGGUCUGGGGGCAGCACUCGGAGGGGACCUCUGUAACCAGCACCUCCCCCACCACUAUCCACCUCUGCACGGCCGCCCUCCUGCUUCUGAACGACACACUGCCAGGGAGGAGCGCUACUGCCAGGGGGUCUUGGCACAGUCCACAGCCCGUAGCCCUGCUCCAAAUCUGGCUUCAGGCUCCUCCAACUUGUCCUGUGCCACUUCUGCAGUGUCAGGCCAAGCCUCACUUACCACUCCAGCCCAGCUUCAAGUUUCACAGCCGGGCCUUAGUCCAAAUCAAUGCCCCGGCUCUGGUUCAGCAGCUGCAAAUUACACCGCAAUUCCAUCCCUGUCCUCCCGGCAGCCAGAGGGGGUGUCCUCCUCUUCUGAGUCCUUAACUCCAGGAGGAGGAGGUGGAAUGAGUCUGUCAGGUGGGGCAAGGAGAGGAGGAGGAGAGCACCCUACCCCAUGCCAUAUCCCUCGAGCAGUCGGGGCCAGCGCCUCCUCAAGUCUCCACAGUCUUGCGAGCAGAGGGAGUCCCUCCCCAAGUAUCUCAUCGUCCAUCCAAGCCUCACCUCCCCCUCCUCCUUUCCCAGCCUCAUCUUCUUCCUCCUCCUCCUCCUCCUCCACGUUUACAGGUCGUUUAGGACAACCACCUCGAGGCCCUCUGUCUCUGCAUAGCUACACUCGUAAAAAUGUCUUCCUCCAACAUUCCCUACAGACUGCCGAACUGCAAGCUCUGACGCAGAGAGACAGUUGAGGGCACACAAACAUUUACACCAUUCAUAUUGACUUGAGCGACUCUAUGUGUGACCUCCUAGAAAAACUGCUGCUCCUUCGGUUCAAGUUGCUUGUGAUCCACUGUCCCAAUUCCCCCUGAAUUAUUAACCACACGCGCUAACAAUCACCCUUGUCCCUCUUUACAGUCCAGACCUUUGCUGACAUUUUGUUCCAAGAUUUGCUCGCCUAAACACACUCAUAUGCAAGGUCACACACAUAUCAGGCUGUGAGUAUGAAAAAGGCACUCACUCGUCUAUCAGAACUCCCACGUUUUGUCAUGCUGACAGUUUAGAUGUGCUUACGCCCACAGACACACAAAGUGCAUAGAGACACAACCUGAUAUCCAUGCACACAUACACAGAUCUAGUCACACACGCUUAGAUACGCACUCUCACACAGAGACAUCAUCUGUGAUAUCUCAGCCUCACAAUCUGCACAAAUAACAGGGCGUUAACCUAAACACAGUGAGGAGAUAUGUAUUUAUGUUGUUAAAGAUUUUUUAUCUAUGUUAUUUGACCAUUUUUAAAAGUUAAACCAUGUGCUGCUUAAUGAACUAUGGGACUGGCCAUAAUCUGAGCUGGUAAGGAUAUAUUCUCACAUUGCCAAAUCCUACAUCAGAUCAACUCAUCGUUCCUUGAGGUCCGCUGACAGAAGUCCAGAUGAAAAGACAAAUGUUUAAAUGAACAUCCACAUCCAGGACCCUUUUACUGCAUGCUUUUUAAAAUUUAAAGAGAAUACAGGUGAGCAUUUUGUACUGCAACAAAAGCGGGAUCUGGGUGACUUUCAAAGUCUUUUAAUAACGUUUCAGUAUCAACUCUCACCUCAGUGUUUCAAGAAGAGAAUUAAACAUGCCAAAACCUCUAAGACAUGAGCCUGUUGAGUGUUUUAAAAAAAAAAAAAAAGUUAAUAAUAUAAGUACUUUUGUCUUAAUACUGGACCACUGUUUUAUAGAAAUACAAUGUUGCAAUAUUAGCCACAUUAUAUACAAGAGUCUCAUGUGUAUCAUGCAAUGUUAGAUUAGUACAGUACAGAAAUGAAGAGUUUCAUUCUAAAAUUAGAUAUCUGUCAUUUGAAUAAUUUGGCAAUUAUAAUGACAAAAUUACACUUACGUAACUAGCUCUACUAAACCCUCAGCUAAAAAAAGACAAUAAAAUAGUGUAGAACAAGAUUUAAGAUUUGGCACAACCAGCAUUAUGUAUUUCUUUCCGAAAUGGGGGGGGAAAAAAAGUAUAAGGUUUUGGAAUGAAGCCCUUCAAAUCUUCUUUAGAGCUGGGUAUUGAACAGGGAUACCUACUAGUGCUUUGCUAAAUGACAAAAUCAAUAUCCAUUUUAAGGAUUCAAAAGGAAACAUGUUUAAAAUAAAAUAAUGGCAUUCCAGUUAGCUGACACGUUUCUAUGACAGUUUUACUGAGGCAUCAAUUGAGUAAAGUCUGAUUCUGUCUAGGGAAUCAUGUCAUAGAACAAAUACUGUACAGAAAGUUGUUUACUUGAUCAAAUAAUGAAAAGAAAGAAACCGAAAAUAUUUUCUAUUUGGGAAAGCAUUAGCACUGAGUUUUGCACUGAUACCCAGUCCUUGUAGGCUAGCCUUCUUUUAUCCCUAUAAUCUCCGAUGUGUCGUAAUCUUUUGAAAAACGGACCGAAUAAGAUGACAUUUGGUAUAAUAAGACUAGCAGUUAUGUUGUUUUUGGACAGUAGGACUCAUACCUUUUGAGAUUUACAUAUAUUGUAACUGCCAUGAUCUGCUGAGUUGUAUAACAUUUUUCACACUUUUGGGACAAAACUUGGUAACAAUUUCAUAAGUGAGAAAACCCCCCUCACCUUUUUUAGAUCUGUGAACAACUAGACUGCUUAACAAUCUCUUCAAUCUGCACUGUUGACUGUAUUUACCCAGUUGAACUGAACAGACUGUGGAACAGCCUUUUUUCCCACAUAGGCUUUGAGGUAAAAAUAAUGUCAACCAUGAGGUGGGAGCCUGUGCUGCUGUUAAGUACAGGCCAGAAGUUCAACGCUCCCAGCAUCUACAGAAAAUGUUAGAUUUUGGAGAAGUUGUUGACCUUGUUUGUCUCUAAACAGCACCUGGCUGGGGAGGGUAAUGCACAACUCAAUGAGACCUGGUAGAGGUGAAAAAUAGACUGAAGGAAGACAGUUCUGAUCCCACUGGUGGAAACUACGAUUCUCCCUCUGGUCUGCUUUACUUGCACACUAUUUCCUCUUUCUUGUCGCCCUUUUUUUUUUUUCCUCUGAUCUUUUCCCGUUUCUUAUCUUUCUGACCGUAUUUCUUUCUUCACCCUUUUUUCUGCUUUUUUUCCAUCUAUCCACUACUUAUUCCCAAUCUCUCCCUAUACCUUUCCCUACCUCUAUCCCCCAGGGGCCCACUCUACUGCAUGCAAACUCAGUAGCUCUUUUUGUUUCUGUCCUCUGUUUCAAUCAGUUAUCUUCCUUCCCCCACUAUCAUGUCCCAGGUCUCUCCUUCCCUCCGUCUCUCUCCCCCUGCUUAGCGUACUUACCCAGAGCUUGUAUUGUUCAUACAGUGUAUCUAUAACCGACUCUGUUGCAGUGGCUCUCAGUCCUGGGCAUUGGGGCCUGAUUUUCAUUCCAGCUUUCUAAUCAGGGAGUCAUUUUACACCUGGUGAAUACAAUUAACUACCUAGUAGACGGCCAGCGCUGAUGUGGCUCCAGAGGAUCUGGACUGAGAACCGCAGCUGUAAUAUGAACUAAACAUUCCCUGCUUGGUUUGUUUACAUGUGAAGGGUGACAAUGCUGUGUCGUUAGCUGACCUCUUAAGUAAUACUAUUUACAUCCCUUGUCAAUGCAUGCAUCAUACUAUGUGAAAUGUCAUAAGGGAGUUUUUGGCUCUGUUUGCACUGCCUACUCAGAUUUGAAUUUGGCAACUGUUUAAAAUUGGGGAAACCACAAAGAUAGGUUGCUGGUUAUGAGACAUAUCACGAAAGGAGAAAAGCCACAUCUGAGAUGGCGGUUCAACUGUGUCACUGGUGUCUUAUAGAGACGUUUAUGCCUGUGUAAUUAUAAGAAUGAACUGAUGCUGAAUUUCACUGCUGGGAAACAAGGGUCAAUCAUGAAGUGGGCACACCUCACAAACCUCAAUUCUUCAUUUAACUUGGCAGCAUGUUGUGCAUUUAAGACACUACAUUUUAUUUGUUGGGAAGUUAUUUAUUUUCUGCCUUAUUUAUAUUUAUUGCUAUAGAAUCAGUUUCCUAAAAGCAUCUUGGCACUAACAAAUUAAGAAAGUGAUGUUAUUAUAAUUUUAAUGAAUCACAUAUAUACUGUCCUAGCUUUUUAAUGUGCUUACUCUAAUUAUUAUUUUCUUUACGAAUUGCUGUAAUAAUGACAUUGAGCUGUAUAAUUGUACAUAAAUUAUUAUAACUGUUGAUGUUCACUGUUCAUGAACACAAACAUUUUGUGCUCAUGUAAAUGGCACUUAAGAUUAGGGUUCACAUACAUUGUUUGUUGGCACAUAACAGAUUAAAACACAACAAAAAAUGGAAUUUGUUUUGUUGACAAAUGUCAAAUGCCGCUGGAGGUCUGAGCUAUUACCAAAGCGUUUCAGGCUCUAGUUACAAAUCAGAAAACAAAUCUGACAAACUUAAUAAAUUCAGAGUUAAACUUAGGCCCCAUGAUACAUUUUUCAUGUAAAGGCCAGGUGACUCACUCAUAGGUAUACUGGGUCGCUGAUUUCACUUUUCCCCUCUUUGAAAUCCAGCCUUUGCACUAUGACUAUUUCUGCUUGAGGUGACUUUGAAAGACAUGAUUUUGCAAUCUUUUGCCUAACUGUGCCAGAAAAGUGGAUUGUGAUCUAUUUAAGCUGCUUUUUCAGUUCAGGAUGAAGUCUGUGUCUAAGUAACUGUUGGGUAGACUCACACUGUGAGCCUUUGACUUAAAAGCCCAUAAAUUCAUUAGGGAUAAUCCAUCCAUACCGUACAUGGAGGACAACGAAAAACUUUCUUCAUAGAGUCGUUUUUCACUUUACAUGGUCCUUCUGAACAGUGUUGAAAUCGUGCAGUGUGUGUUUACCCAAAGUAUUUCUCUUCAGUUUUUACCCAACAUAGUUUUUUUUUGUCACUCAGUUUGUUCACAUGAGAUUUAUUUUAUCAAAAGAUUUUUGUCCACUGUCUCCUUAUUGUUAAUAUUUAAUACAAAUAAAAUUGAUGAAAACAUU